AUGCCCCCCAAAACCUCUGCUCGAGCGCAGGACGAGAAACCUGACCUUCCUGCUCCAAAAGAACGCCCUUCGGCUUCCUCCACCAAGAUGCGCCGCAACGCCAGCCAGACCAGCAACAACCAGCCUCGUGAACCGCCCACCAGCAUCCCGACCUCGGCACCCGCGCCAGGCCUUUUCGAGCCCACGCCUCCUACAAUCCCCUGGACCUCCUUCGAGCGAGACGCCCUCCACGCAUACCGACGCGAAUACGACCUCAACUCCUCGACGUCAUUUGUGAGCACAUUUCACCAAUAUAUACUCACAGACAGAGCCGGCAUCGGCCUGCACUCACCGACCAUGGUCCGCAAGAGAAAGACUCGUCGCCAGAACAAGGACAACCUGGCUCUGGCCGUGCGCAAGCACUUCAAUGGCGUCGGCAUCCAAGAGAACGACGUCAUUGUCGACUUUAUUUGCAAAGUUCGCCAUAGCAAGUCUGUCAAGCUUAUAGGGCCGAGCAAGAACGAGCCUCUGUUCGCCGAUUAG